UCGACCCCUGUACCCUGAAAAGUUCAAAACAAAGGGCUUUUACAAAAACCCUCCAAAACGAAUACAAAAAUGUCAAUGUUCCUCCAAAACCCAUCAGCGCGAAGCUUCGCGUACCACCACAUCCACCUUCAAGUUCUGCCUCCAGCGUACUUUCCCGGGAAACAAACAACCAACUUCCCAAAAUUAGGGUUCUUUUUCCCUCCCCCUGCCCCAUUUACAUAUUCAAAAGACCCAAAGUUAAUGCCUUCAAUCGAGUUUCUAAUUUUGAACAGCUCUCACCUUGGGAAACUUUCAAAAUUUGGAUCUCAAGAACCAGAGGGUUUUGAACUUCUGGGUCCUGUCUUUGCCUUCUUCCAUUGUCAUUUUUUGGGUGAAUUGGGAAAUUCAAAUGUAUGGGUUUUGAGUUUCUGUGUCCUGUCUUUGCCUUCUUCUUGGUGCUAGUGCUUUCAAUGGGGGCAGAGGAUGAGAGGAUCAGUGAAAUGGUAGUGGAGAGUAAGUCUAAAAAUGAACAGUUAGAUUUCUGACAAAUCCGCUGCAGCAGUCAUCGCUGUUCUUCGAUAUUCUCAAUCGAAGGAGUUGAGUGUUACUUGUUUACCUUGGAUUUGGAGGGGUUUGGACCAUUGCAUCACUGCACCUGAGGGCUCUCACAAAAAUCUCUUUAUGGAUAGACUGUCAGACCUUGAGAAGGAAAAUUUCAUUCUGAACCUGGUAAAGAUUCAAAAUGACAGUACAUUGGAGCUUGAUCUAUCUAAGAGUGCACCUGUUGCUUCAAAAAUGUCAGAACCUAAGUCUGUUGAAGGUCCACCUUGUAAUAUUGAUCACGUCACCCCUGAAUUUAAUAAAUCAGUUCCAAAAUUGAAAAUUGCUAUGGUUGUGGUUGGGACAAGAGGAGAUGUUCAGCCUUUUUUGGCUGUGGCAAAGAGGCUUCAGGAGUUUGGUCAUCAUGUUAGGUUGGCAACUCAUGUUAACUUCUCCACUUUUGUAAAGUCAGCCGGAAUAGACUUUUACCCUUUGGGCGGUGAUUCUCGGGCUUUGGCAAGAUAUAUGGCCAAGAAUAAAGGUUUAAUUCCAUCUGCACCAGGAGAAAUGUUGAUGCAGAGAAAGCAAAUAAAGGCCAUUAUUGAAUCUCUUCUUCCAGCAUGUAGUGGACCAGAUAUAGAAACUGGUCAGGCUUUUAGAGCUCAGGCAAUUAUUGCAAAUCCGCUUGCCUGUGGACAUGCACAUGUUGCUGAAGCUCUUGGUGUACCCCUCCACAUUUUCUUCACAAUUCCUUGGACGCCAACAAAUGAAUUUCCCCAUCCAUUGAUACGUGUACCCCAAAGUGCUGGUUAUUGGCUAUCAUAUAUAGUUGUUGAUUUACUGAUAUGGUGGGGCAUAAGGGGAUUUAUUAAUGACUUAAGGACAAAGAAGUUGAAGCUUGCUCCUAUUGCAUACUUCAGUUGGUACCAUGGGUCAAUAUCUUAUUUACCAACAGCCUAUAUGUGGAGUCCCCAUGUUGUGCCAAAGCCAAGUGAUUGGGGUCCCCUGGUUGAUGUUGGUGGUUAUUGUUUCCUAAACCUUGGGUUAAAUUAUCAACCUCCUGAAGAUUUUGUUCGAUGGAUUAAAAAAGGACCUCAACCUAUAUAUAUUGGUUUUGGGAGCAUGCUUCUUGAAGAUCCCAAGAAAACUACAGAGAUUAUUUUGGAGGCGUUGAAGAAUACAGGACAAAGGGGAAUAAUUGACCGAGGUUGGGGAGGACUUGGUACACUUCCAGGAAUUCCGGACAGUGUUUUUUGUCUAGUAGAUUGCCCUCAUGAUUGGCUGUUCCCUCAAUGUUUGGCUGUGGUACACCAUGGUGGCGCUGGAACCACAGCUACAGGACUAAGGGCUGGGUGUCCAACAACCAUAGUUCCAUUCUUCGGAGAUCAGUUCUUUUGGGGUGAUAGACUUUAUCAAAAAGGACUGGGACCUACUCCAAUCCCUAUAUCUCAGCUCAGUGUUGGAGCCUUAUCAGAUGCCAUAAGAUUCAUGCUCAAACCAGAGGUGAAAUCUCGAGCAAUGGAAGUGGCAAAAUUGAUAGAGAAUGAAGAUGGUGUUGUGGCUGCUGUUGAUGCAUUUCACCGUCAUUUGCCUCCAGAGAUACCAUUGCCAAGUUCAUUUUUACGGGACAAUGACCAUCCAAACCCUCUACAGUGGCUCUUUAUUCAAGUUGGGAAAUUAUGUUUGCUUCCUUGUGGUUCGUAAGCUUGCUGCAGUAAUUUAUAUGUAUAUUUGCUUCCUUGCGGUUCGUAAGCUUGCUGCAGUAAUUUAUAUGUAUAUUUGCUUCCUUGCGGUUCGUAAGCUUGCUGCAGUAAUUUAUAUGUAUAUGCUUCAUUUUAAUUGUUUAAAUUUUUUAUUGUUUGCAUCAAUUUCUUCAUUUUAUACAUUUCAUUUGUCAUUGUAUUCAUUUUAUUCACAUCAUGUACACAAAAGGGAUUCUUUAGUAAAGUUUGAAUGUAAGAAACUGAACAUUGGGCUGGCUUGUUGAUUCAAUUCAUGGAUUUUAUGCCAAUUAUUGUCAUUGGCUUGGAUUUUGUAUUAUCUCGAUCUUGUUAAGGAAUACAUUGAAUUGUUUGCAUCUGAA